GUCGAUUCAAAUCCAGCUGCCUCCGCCAACCGGCGGCUUCCCCCUCGCCCCUCGCCUACUCUUUCCAGUUCCGCUCCUCCGCGCCCCGAUCCCGAAACCCUAGCAAGCCAGCCCGAACCCUCAGCGUAGGCGGCGGUGCGGUCAGUACGCGCGGUGUGUUGGGAUUCCUCCCCAGCUCCGGCGCCGCAAUGGGCUGCUUCCUCUCCUGCUUCCGCGGCGGCCCCGACCGGUCCGGCGAUCUCCAGGAUCCACUCGUGCGCGAGAGCCGGCUCGGGGACGCCUUCCUGAAUGAUGAGAAAAAAAUUGAAGCGAGUGGAAGGCUGGAUGUGGAGGCGGCUAAUGGCGGAGGAGUCAAUCAGGAGUUCCUGAGAGAGGCAAAUUAUCUUAAAUCUUGUGGCACAAUAUCACAAACUCCACCAGAAAUUCUCGAAGUUCCAAGCUCAGGUAGUUCAGAAGAAACUAAAGAGAUCGAUGACACAUCCAUCAAUGUGCAAGUGAUGAGAGAGACAAACCUACUCGAAGGGAACUUAUCCGAAGUGUCAAAAAUUGACGAGCCUGAUAAGCUGAUUCAUGAGCAGAACAUUGAUGAGGGAAUUCUCAGGGUGGAAUCAGAAUCUCGAUCAUCCUCACAGGACAAUCCUUCAUUUGAGAACAUCAUUGACCAGAAGACUGAUUCUAGUGAUUCACCUUAUCCAACCCCUUUGGUCCUCAGAGGUGACAUCCAGACUCCUGCAACAGUAUACACUGCAUGUAUGGGGACUUCAAAGCCUGUGGAAUCAGAAUAUCGAUCAUCCUCACAGGACAAUCAUUCAUUUGAGAAUAUCAUUGACCAGAAGACUGAUUCUAGUGAUUCACCUUAUCCAACCCCUUUGGUGCUCAGAGUUGACAUCCAGACUCCUGCAACAUUAUACACUUCAUGUAUGGGGACUUCAAAGCCUGGAAAGCGUGCAAGGGCCAGCAGGCAGUUCAUUUACCCUGUUCUGAGACCAAUUGAGAAUAAGCUACAGUGGAUGGAAGUAAAAGCUGAGUCGCCUGUGGUAGCAUCCAAUCCUCCGAAGAGAAGAAAUUUGAGCGCAGAUUUCAGUGAGAAUCCUCCGCCGACAUUUGCAAGUUCAACUGCCGCACAGACAGAAUCACCAAAAUCUGAAUCCUUGCCACUUCACGACAGCUGUGAAGAGCUGGAUGAAGUCAUAUCUCCAGAGGAAACCAAGGGUCAGGAUGUCAACCAACAGCUGUUUGAAAGUGGAGAGCCACCGAACCAAAAUUCAGAACAUGGAAAGCAUGGUGUUUCAAGCCUCUCUUAUUGGCUAAAGCAAACAUCUGCAGAUGAUGAGAGCCACCGCUACGCUAACACUGAAGACAAGGUUUGGAAAGAAUUAUGCUUUGAGAAGAGCAUUUUCGAUGUGCCUAUCUUUACAGCUUCUGGUUUGAACUGGGACAAUGACAAUCCUACCCCUGUGUUGCCCAAGGCGUGGGAUGGUAAUGGAAUUCCAAACACCACAACCAAGUACAAGGAGGACCAGAAAGUCAAUUGGCAUGCCACGCCGUUUGAGGAAAGGUUGAUGAAGGUUUUGUCUGAUGAGAAACCGCUCCAUGAAAGGAAAAUCGACGGGAAGCUUAUCCACCUUGAGGAAAACUCUGAGUAGAGAGAGCCUUUGCGAGAAGUUGGAGAAGCGCGUCCCUGACACCAUGAACUGUCUAAAAAUGGUCGUGGUCUUGCCCAGCUCAAUGUGAAUUUUCGGAGGCGGUGCGUGUUUAUCGACUAUGCGCACAGCAUCUGUAAGUACAGAAUCGAGUGUCCAAACCCCAUCCAGCACUGCUUCGUGAAUCGGUGACCAGCCCUUGGCUGGCUGUUAUUUGUUCCGCUCGUCGCUGGACAAGCUUGCGCUGUAGCGGGGGGCCGAAGUGGUGUAUGUGGCCACAUCAACUGUUGAUGGUGCGUGGUGUCAAUACAAGUCAGCAUUAUUCCGUUUCUUUAAAAUAAAAUUGUCCAUGGCAUGUUCAAAAUAAAAAAAAAUUAGCUGUGGUUUUCGCUGCCU